AAUCGAGGAAACUGAUCCAAAGCAUUUUCAUGAUUUGAAUGUUUGUCAACAACGAAAAUAAAGAGAACCACAAUGAACAUUUAGUAACCAGGACAGUUUGAAAACUUCUUCAUCCUUCUGAAAUGGCCUUGUCAACAAAACCGUCACAAAAAGGGACCAUGAGUUCCGCCCAAGGACCGCUGCAGAUCACAGACUUACCGGAGGAAAUUCUGGAAUUUAUUUUGCUUCAUUUGUCGCCCUACAGAGAUUUAAAAUGUGCCAUGCUGGUAAAUCGACAGUGGCAUCGGCUUGUUCAAGGAGUAAUUCGUCAAAUGUAUCAAAGCUUUUACUCUGGGAUUGUGGAGGGUCAGCUGGAGUGGACGGGAAUUACUCCAGAGGUGGGAUCCAAUAUAACAGAGAGGUACUCCCACUGUGCCUGUUAUUACGACAAAUCCAUGUACAUCUUCGGUGGCUGUACCUCCACCAACACAACCUUCAAUGACCUCUGGAGAUUUGACCUCAAAGAGAGACAGUGGAUUAGGCCACUUGCAAUCGGUACAUACCCCUCUCCCAAAGCUUGUGCCAGUUUAGUUGUUUACAAGGACAGUUUAGUCUUGUUUGGAGGGUGGAGCCACCCCACUCCUUACCCUCUCCAUCAGGCUGCCAGGUUUUUCUCUGAGUUACACAUCUAUAAACCGGAGCAGAACCGCUGGUACCACCUUAACACCAUGUCACCUGUCAGUCCUGCCCCCACGGCCGGUCACUCAGCGUCCAUUGUGGGGGACAGGAUGGUAGUGUUUGGAGGGUCACAUGUCCCAGGAACAGGAAAUAAUGAAGUGUGGGAGUUUAAUUUUAUUGAUAUGACUUGGCAAAGAAAACACACUGGCAACAAACGUCCAAACCCUCGCUACGGGCAAACACAGGUUACACUGGAUGACACUCACAUUUUAGUGGUGGGAGGAUGCGGAGGACCUAACCAGAUUUUCAAUGACCUGUGGCUCCUGUGUCUGGACACCGACCCCUGGAGUUGGGAGGAGGUGAUCAUUAACCAGUCAGAGUUCUCUGCCCCUCAGCUGUGGUGCCACCCAGCUUGUAAGGUAAAUGAUAAGAUGAUAGUCCUGAGUAAACCCUCCAAACCUCUUCGUCCCCCAUCGUCAGACCCUCGGAGACCUGCUAAUUAUGCCUACCGUAAUAACAAGAUCUGGGUCCCUCCUCAUGAGUCCCCCCGAGAAGCAGCUGGGCCUCAGUCUAGUGUCUCAAGACAAGCAGGUCCUACCUUCAAACGCCCCGUCUCUGAAAGUGAUGACAGCUCAAGUGCUGAUGAUGAAGAAAAUUCAGGUCAAAGGUCAGACAGGAGUCAUCUGGAGUUCAAACAUCCUGGUGAUGUGGUGAGGGGUCGAGGUCCCUCCCCUCGGAGAUCCCCCGUGUCUCCUAGCCGACUUCAGAGUUAUAGUUACGUCACCGACCCUGACACGAGUGGUCCGUCCAUGCAGGCCUUCAGCACCAGCGACGCUCGGCCGGGGGUGUUAGGUGGACGACAGAACGCUGUAAAAAACAGGGAAAAGCAGCUGGAAGCACUGAGAAAGUUUGAGGAGAGACUGAGGGAAAGUUUGGCAAGGCCUCCAGGGUCACAAGGUCAAAACCAACCAACCAAUGACAAUGUUAGAAAAACUCGUCUGAGAGAACUGCGGACACCCAUCCAUCUACACGUGCUGGACAUUUCUAACAUAGUGCAAUCUCGGACUGCCUCGUGGCAGCCAGUGAAGGAAAACCUCUCACUGGAGGCCCCGGAGGAAACAAUAUUCUACACGCUGGUGGAGGGGCGGGGCGAGCUGGUCAUGUUUGGGGGGAUUCAGCGGGACAUACAGUCCAUGCAGAGAGGAAUGGAUGUCAAGUCCCAUGUUGUCAGCAACAACCUGUACAUGUUGUCACCUUCCAGGAUGUCCUUAUGAUGGUCAACAACAACCUGUACAUGUUGUCACCUUCCAGGAUAUCCUUGUGAUGAACAACAACCUGUACAUGUUGUCACCUUCCAGGAUGUCCUUAUGAUGGUCAACAACAACCUGUACAUGUUGUCAACUUCUAUGAUGUCCUUAUGAUGAACAACAACAACCUGUACAUGUUGUCACCUUGCAGGAUGUCCCUGUGAUGGUCAACAACAAUCUCAUUAAGUCGUUGUCAUGUAGGAUGUCCUUAUGGCAGUCAGCAACUAUCUCAACCCCACCAUCCACGCUGACUGUGUGAUAAUCAACUGAUAUGAAACUUGUUAAGAAUGCUUGUAUUUGUAAGGGAAAUAGAAGGCAAGGUUCUAGUCAAAAUUUCAGGAACUCUGUAGUGUUAGGAUAAAAUGCACCUUAGCCUUGUGUAUUGGAUACAUUAAAACUGUUUAUAUUCCCUUCUAGGGAAUGUUUUGAAAAAUUUUUAAUGUGUAAUGCAAGUAAAAACAAGCUAUUCUGAUAUUUUUCCCUUCAGUUUUAUACAAUAUACAACAAAAAACUCUACCAAAUUUACAUUUUAUUUUAGUGAAAGCUUUGAAAAUGUCUCAUAAGUUUUAGAGUGUGGGAUAAAUGGCCUUAAAUUUCAUCUAGUUCAUGGAGAAAGAGUUUUUCUAGUGUGAUAUACUAGGCGAUAUACUACUGAACAUGUUGUAGUUCUGUCGUUUGUUUCUGCUUAAAACAACAAAGUAAAUUAAUAAACAAAUUAAAAUACUUUA